CCACCACUCACUUUAUCUUCAUAUAAAUUCAUCACUUCACUUAUUAUAUAAAUUCCAAAAAAUAUAAAAUGGAGAGAAAGAGUAACAAAGUUUCCUCUAGAGAAAAGUUGAACAUGACAAAGAGCGACUUAGUGAAUGACAAUUAUGAUCAUGAGCUUAUGGGCGGCAGCUACGGCGGCGAUGGCGAAGAUGGUGGUGGUUCUUCCAAUGGAGAUGUAAAGAAGAAGAAGGGGUGUCAGAAUAGUGGUGGUUUAAACAGUGUUACAAGAUGUUGUCAAGCUGAAAAAUGUACAAGUGAUUUAGCUGAAGCUAAACAAUAUCAUCGAAGGCAUAGAGUAUGUGAGUUUCAUGCAAAGGCUCAUGCUGCUAUUAUUGCUGGUAUCCACCAAAGAUUCUGUCAACAAUGUAGCCGGUUUCAUGAGCUUUCAGAGUUCGAUGACGCCAAAAGAAGUUGUAGGAGACGUUUAGCAGGGCACAAUGAAAGGCGCAGGAAGAACUCAAUGGAGUUCAAAGGCACUGGGAAGGAACUUGUUUGUGUGCAAAGUGACGAUAGGAGGUUUCAAAUGGUUAUACAAGAAAACCAAACUUAUAAUAAUAAACAUUUGCAAACCAGAUGA